AUGAGCGCAGUCGUUUCUGAUAAUCCGUUGGCAGAGUUGGCUCAGUCGUGUGGCCUCACAAUGAAGCGCAGAGAGGUUGUGAAGGCCCGUCAUGGUGACAGCAACUUCCUGGAGAAGGAGGACAAGCAGGGGGAGAAGGCGCUGAAAGCCCUGCGGCCCAUCGCUGUGGAGGCCGAUCCCUUCUUCAGCAUCCAGGCCAUGGAGACGAUGCUUGGGCACCAGCGUAUGGAGAUGCACCGGCUCAUCCACGGCUACCAUGAGACGGCCAUGCGAUUCCUGCUUCGGAAAGAGGAGGACUGGCGACGUUCUGAAAUGGAAUCUAAGGAUUUGAAGUCUCACAACGAGGCCUUGAAGAAAGUUGCUGGGAGUGGUGGCAUGGGCUUGGACUCGCCCAUCGGGAGCAAGGGGAGCAAGGAUCUGUUGGGCAGUGGCGACAGCAAAAGUACCUUCGUUCUGAACGUUCAACUGGAGAAGACCCGCGAGCAGCUGUUGGAGUGCGAGAAGCAGCAUCGCUUCGUGCAGGCGGAGAACUUCGAGCUACGAGAGCAGCUUGCGGCCAUGCAGGCUGUUGGAGCCGGUUAUGGAGGCAUUCUCUCACAAAAUGUGCAAAGUCCCAUGUGGAAUGACAUGAGCUGGGCAGUUCCAAAUGCCGAUUUUGCACCCCCUAUGCACGAAAAGACAGCAGAUGGCCUGCCUGUGAAAGGCACCGUCACAUCCUUUCUGGAGAAGCUGAGUACCACGCAGAGCAACCCGCUGGACCGUCUGGAACGAGCGCAGUCGAAGCUGGAUGCCUGGGCCGCUUCUCAUCAUCCGCGUCCGGACCCGGCAUUGCAGGGCUUGGCGGCCUCAGUAGACUACAGCACCAUGGAGCUGCCGGGGACAGAUGAGGUGCGCCCAGAGAUCGAGGACAAGGCCACUACCAACGACCAGGAAGACGAGGACAUAGCCAUCGGAUACAUCCGCUCAGGCAAGAAAAAGAAGAAAAAGGACAACAAGCGCCGGAGCCUCAUGAUGAAAGACCGGGUGCAGGAGCUCUUCGACAAGCCCAUAAAUGUGAAGGACAAGUACAAGACCACAGGCAUCACGCAGAAAAUUGUUCGCAGCCCAUGGUUUGAGAACACCUGCAUGGCCGUCAUCUUCCUGAAUGCCAUUUGGAUUGGCAUUGAGAUGAGCUUCAACCCAGCAGAGGUGUUGGCGUAUGCCGAUCCUCCUUUCAUUAUCGUCGAAAACCUCUUUUGUGUGUUCUUCUUUGCGGAGAUCGUUCUGCGACUUCAUGCAUUCUCCAGGAUGUGCAACGCCUUCAGGGACAGGUGGUUCGUGUUCGACCUGACUCUAGUGAUUCUGAUGGUGAUCGAGACCUGGCUCAUGUUCUUGAUUAUGACUGUGUCGACAGACACCUCUCAAUCACAGGAGCAGGCGUUUGACUCAUCUGUUCUUCGCCUUCUGAAGCUGUCACGGCUUACCCGUGUGGCGCGGAUCGCGCGGCUUCUCCGACAGGUGCCGGAGGUCAUGAUCCUGUUGAAGGGCAUCGGAGUCGCCUCCCGCUCCGUGUUCUUCACGUGCCUCAUUCUUCUGUCUGUCAUCUACAUCUUCUCGAUUGCCUUGACGCAACUCUCAGAAGGCACGCCUCUGGGCACGGCCUACUUCCCGACUCUUGUCGAUGGAAUGUUCUCCCUGCUGUUCCAUGCCUGCUUCUUUCAGGGUCUUCCCGAUUUGGCCCGCUUGUGCUUUCAGGAAAAUUUUCUCUAUGGUCUAUCUCUCCUGGUGUUUGUUGUUCUUGCACCUCUGACUGUCAUGAACCUGAUUGUUGGGGUGCUGGUUGAGGUGGUCGGUGUCGUGGCUGCAGCAGAGCAGGAGGCCUCUACGCGAAACGCCAUCUUCGAAGCUCUGCAGGAGGCGCUGGAACGACUUGGACCGAGGAAGAAGGAGGACGUCAUCGCAAGGGGCGAAUUUGCAGGUUUGGUGAAUCGUCCGGACCUCGUCGGCAUCUUUCUGGAGUCGGGCAUCGAUGUCGUGGCCAUUCUCCGGGAUCCGGACAUGGUGUUUGCAGGAGAAGCGGAGAUGAGCAUUACCGAGUUCCUCGAAGAGACGAUCGCUUUGCGAGGCUCCAACCCAGCCACAGUGAGAGACCUCGGGCAGCUCAAGCUUCAGACGCUUGGAGCACGAUGGAAUGCAGUGAUUUCCAACGCGUUGCGAGUGCACCGCUUCUCAGCCGAGGAUCCUUCGAGAAAUGCGAACACGCGGUCGGCCACCCAUGCCGAUUUCCAGGUAGGCACCGAGCCAUCGGGCCGAGAGCCUGUUGUACAGGCGCAGGAUGGCGCAGGGGCAGGCGUCAGUGUCGAUGCUGGCUACAUGGACUGCAUGCGCCGGUGGGUGCACGCCCCGGCAUCCAGCCUGCUUCCCGAGCUGUGGGACUCCAUGCUUGCUCAAGUGGCGGCACUGAGGCACAGCAGUUUGGCGCAGAGACAUCUUGUGGCGAUUCUCUCGUUGAAGGAUACACUUGUCGUUGCGAACUUCCGAGCCGGUGAGGAACGUGACACUGCUGGUUUCGGAUCUGCAGCAUCGGCUGGGCUGGCUAUCCGAUGCAUCUUCAAGGUCGCAGAUCGAGUUGUGAGCUGUGUUUUUGCAAUCCUAUAG